UGUCAUUGCUCCAGUGCGAAUAGCUCUGAAAUAGUGGUAUUGCCAUUUGGAUUGCCACGGCCAUACCGAUACCGUUAAUCGUGCAGUGAUCGAGUGAUCCGAUCCGGGAAUUCUUCAAGAGAAUCGCAAAAUACUCGAGUCGCAUAGUAGCAUCAGUAGCAUUUUUGUUCAGUGACCUUCUGUUUUUUGUUCAGUGUGGAGUUUAUCUUUUGAAACCUGGCCAUGACUCCCUGGAUCGGUCUAUGUCUGGCCCUUGUGCUCGUCCUGUGCAUAUAUCCCCAACAUAUAUCCUCGCGGAGCUACAGCAACGGCCUGAUCUUCUACGAACUGAAGACCCACCGACCCUACCUGCCGCCCACGGUCAGUGUGUCCAGGGGUCGCAACCUGGCCAGCGUGAAGUACUCGGAGAAGGGCUCCAUCUGGUCCACCUUCGGACAGCCCUGCGAGUGCAGCGGACCCACCUGCGGAUGCUGUGCGGGUCUCAAGGUCGAUCAGUACCGAUUCGAUCAGAAAGUGUGCGCCAACGUGAGCUUUGUGCCGCAGCUGGAGGAGGCCCAACUGGAGGUCUUCCUGAACGGCAAGCCCUCCUCCAAGUACGGGAUCUCGGUGCGGGAUCCGGCGCCCUUCUGCAUUCCCGUCAUGAUGGGCGUGCCCAUGGCCAUGUGCGUCCAAAUGACCGAGGUCACCAUGGUGGGCAACAACCUGAACAUGUGCAUGGACUUCGUGGUGCGGCUGGCCACCACGGAUCUCUUCGAGAUGCAUUUCCAGUGCAUGCGGAUGGGCCUGGACGGGCUGCAGUAUGUGGACAAGAACGGGAAGCCCGUGCUGCCAGCCGGAGGUGGCCAGAGCGACGAUCCGGAGGAGUAUGAGUACGCGGAGCUGGAGGAUCAGCCGGAGGAGUAUCCCUCGCAGGAGGAAGUCAAGGACGAACCAGAUCAAAUUCAGCCCCAGAAGAAUCCUGAGCACCAGGAAGAGGAUCAAGAGGAGAACGAGCCGUUGGGCUAUCCACCACUGAUAAACAACCAAGCGCAGAAGACUCAGCCUCAGGAGAAUCAGCCACAGAUCGAUCAGCAAAAGGAGGACCAACUCAAGGAAGAACAGCCUCAGAAGAAUCAAACACUGGUCCAUCCGCUUAUAAUCGAUCAGCUCGAAAAGGAUGAGGAUCUACCAAGUGAAGAUAUCGGUUAUCAGCCAAUGGGUCAAAUCGAUCAUCUGAAUGAAGGUGACCAUAAUGAAGAAGAACCAAUGGAUUAUCAGCCUUUGGAAAAUCAACCACAGGAGAGUCAACCAGCGAAUAAACAACCAGAGAAGAUUCAUACAGAUAUACCAGAUAUACACAACGACGAUCCUUUGGAAGAAGAUCAACCGAUGGGUUAUCAGCCCCUGAUUGCGAUGGACUCCCACAAAAAUCAACCCGAACAACAUCUUUCAGAGAAUCAACAAGAAAAUGAAAAAGAGGACAAUAAAGAGAGUGAAGAUCAUCAGGAGGUCGAAGAAUUCGAUGAGGUGGAGCCUUCGCCAAUCGAAAGUGAAAUGCUAAUGGCCAGCGAUCAGGCAGAAGAAUCACCUCUCGAAGAAGACGAAGAAGAAGAAACGCCAGCUGAAGACGCGAAAGAGACGGAAACAGAGGCGGAGAAAGAGAAAGAGGUAGAGAAUGAGAAAGAGAAAGAAGUAGAAAAAGAGAAAGAGGAAGAAAAAGACACGGGGGCAGACUCUGAGCAAGUGACACCUGACAAUGACAAUGGUUAUGGCGAGAGUGGCCCGAGGCCAAGUCAGGUAAUUGAAACAAUUACAAAUUCAAUAAAAGCCACUGAGGCGCCCGCAGCAACAACAACAUCGACAACAACGAAAAUACCGACAACAACUAAAAUACCGACCAAAAUACCAACAGCAGCUACAACAUUUAACAAGCCAGACAAUGUUGUUAUUGAUGACACGAACAAUGGGGAGAAGACAACAGCAGAAGACGAGGGUGAGAAGACAGUAGACGAUUCGAAGAAAGACGGGGAGACGGCUGAAGAAGAGGGGACCGAAGAAGAGGAAGAAGAAGUCGAUGAAGAGGCGACAACACUGGCUGUUGAAAUGGAAAACGAUAGCGAUAAUGAGAUAAACGUUGACGAUGAUGAUGAUGAUGAGGUAGAGAAAAAAGACCAGGUGAAGGAACCCUCCAGCCAGGUUAUAAAGGGGGAGAAGAAAAAGGAAGAGGGGGCGGAAGAAAAGCCCGAAGAGGUAGCGAAGGAGGGGGAGAAAAAGCCGGAGAAAGAGGUGAAGACAGGUCAUGAAGAAAAGGUCAAGCCAGACGACACAGCUGCUGAAGAAGAAGAAAAAGGGGAAGAAGGGGAGGAGGCAGUCGAAGAUGAUAAUGAAGAAGGAGAGAAAAACGAAGGAGAAGACGAUGAAGAGGAGAAGGAGGAGGACGAUGCCGAGAAAGAAGAAGAGGAUGCAGAAGAAUCCACCGAAGCAGCAAAGCCCGAGGAAAGCGCUGUGGAAAUUGAGGAAAAUAGCUAUGGCUAUCAAAAUGCAUAUGCAAAUGCAAAUGAAAAUGCGACGCCGGCAGCGAAGUCGUUGUCCCGACGUCGACGUCUGCGCAACCGCCCCCCUUCCCACCGACUGCCACGCCCCCUGAGGAGACUCCAUUAACCCCUCCUUAACUUAAUUUAUUGUAAUUCGUAA